AGGAGUUUUCGCUUCGCUAGCGUAAAUUUAUAUUAUUUAACAUUUUAACAUAAAUUAAUAACUGAAACGAUAUGAACAUAUUGAAGAAUAUUUGAUAUUAGUGUUGUGGCUACAUAAGGAUCUAAGUUUGGUUUAGCCGUAUGAAAGAUGGUGACAAUGGAUGCAUCUAAAAUGACGAGUAAAACGAGUUCAUUGAAGGCUUUAAUAUUAAAAGCUUGGCGUGAACGAUGGACUGAUAUUCAGUGGGGUAUCAAUAUUAAAACGAUACUACCUAGAGGUGUGAGCGGUGACCUGUACAAUCUUGCUGAUUGUAUUCUUCAACAAGCUAUGGUGGGAUGUGGUGCUAACCAGUUAGUGAUAUCUUACUUGAAACAUUCAUUGGCCUCACAUAUAGUGUCUUACGCUGCAGUGUUUCAGAGGAUAGCAAAGUUUGACUCUUUUCACAAACCACAUUGCAUACUUAGCCUACUGGAGUUUCUUGAGAGUUUCAUUGAUGGAAUAACAUGCCGUGGGAAGAUGGAGGAAGAAAUAUUAGCAAAUGCUGUUUCAUCUAUUAUACUGUGGCUUUUGCAAGUAUAUCAUUAUUCACUGAGUAAGUACCCAUCAUCAAAUCCAAUUCAAAGUCAAGAACUUUUAGAGAAGUCUACAUCUUUACUGAAUUCCAUAGUACAUUCAGAUUUUUUGCUAGCUAUGUUCUAUUUGGCUAAGCAGAAUGACCCAGACGAGUACAGUGAAGUUACAAAGAAAUGUCAGGAAAUCACUGCUUUUAUGAUGAUGAAUACACAAUUCAAAGCGCCUGUUACUAUACAUGAUACACUACAAAAGAUAUGUAAUAUGGAUGUGGAUAAGAUAGCUCCUUUAAACAGUAAACCUGAAUUAGUUUCACACUGCCUACAAGCUCUUAUUGCCAUUCAUGUGCUGGCUAAUCCAAGUGCAGAUAUGCAACAACUAUCAAACCAGCUAUUGAUGGUACAGAGAAUAAAAGGAUUUUCUCUAUCAAGACUAUACUGUGAAUUAAUAAAAGCUUGUUUUGUUUCACUCAAUGAUGCAAGCAAUGAUGCCUCGAAACAAGCAUUAUGGGCUGCUUUUACUUUCCUAAAAAUACCACAAGUUAUUCAAUACCUUCACAACACAUGCGGUACACCAAGUAAAGAAGGUGAUAAUUCAGUGGAGAUUAUAGAAGCAUUUGAAAAGUUAUUACAAAGUUCGCCUCUACUUGAUGUUGUAGAUGCCAAGAAUUCUUGCAAUUGCGUAAUGUCAUUGUUAGAACCUUUGUUAAAGUUAAAUGUUUUAACGGAGAAUCACCUGUCAUAUUUUAAUCAAAAGCGAGAAACUAAAGAUGUUAAAUUGCAAAAGUUGGAGCCAACUGGUUUACAGGGAUCUGUUCCGUCAUUCAUUACAAGGGCUGAACCCACUUUAGCUGGAAUACUAAAGACAAUGGGAGGAGAUUUCCAUAAAACUCAGGAAUCAUUGUCAGUGAUGCUAUGCCAAAUAGUUGGAGGUACUACAUUAGAUACUAUUAUAGCAGUAGCAACUGUAGAAGGGAAACUGAAACUGUUUGUAUCAAGACUUAUUAAGUUCAAUGAAUUUGCUCUAGUAGCAGCCAGUGAGAAAGGAGCAUCUCAAUCAAAAGUGUAUAUUUUUGAUAUAUCAUUCUUAAUUCUGUGUUCUAUUGUCCAAGAUUAUGGUGUGGAAGCUGUCUUAGAAGAAAAUGGUGAUUCUUUCUUUGAGCAAUGGGUCAGAGAUUGUAUGCCGCACAAGGGAGCAUAUAAAUGUCCAAACCAGAUCCUGCAGAAAUGUGACCAGCAGUUAGUGGACAUUUUCAUUCAUCAUCUCAGUGCUUCUGAUUUUGAUUUCAAAAAUACUAAUUUAAAACCGCAUGACCUGUGUAUGAAUGUUAGUGGAGUAAUGAAAGAGAUUCUAUUUGCCUGGGAACAAGGAUCAAUUUCUAUUGCAGAUGUGAAAAGGAUGCUUGAUUCUAUGAGACAGAAAAUGGCGUCAUUAGCUGUGUGUGGUGCAGUGUGGCUGUGUUCUUAUCUCAAUGUUGUUCAUCAAGAUGCUUUAUUAAAACCUAUAAAUAUGGUGCAACAAUUGAUAACACCUCCAAAUGAUGUGGAAUUAGCCCAGAUUGACAAUUUUAAAGAGCGUGCAAUUUUAAUGUGUCAGAUUAUAAGGAAGAUGCAAUAUGAUGUACAUCCACCAUCUGUUCCUAAAACAAAAGCUAUCACUUCAUCUCAUAGCAUUAUUUCUCGUCAACCAAUUUUAGAACAAUUACAAGCAAUAUGGGAGGAUGUGAAGACAAGGGGAUACCUGCAUAUUGAUGCUACUCACAUAGUGCAAAGUCUUUUAAACACUGCUGGCCCUGUGUGGUUUGUGUCUAACUUGAUAAAAGAAACCUUGAAGUACAGGUAUCAAGAUGACCUUAACCGAUCUGUAGACAUAGUCCUUGCAAUGUUUCAUUUGGAUAUCGAGAGAUGUACAGAAGCAUUGCUACAGCAUGUUUUACCACAAUAUUUGUAUAAUGCCAAAAUAAGUGAAGAAUUAGUUGAACCACAGUCUUCUAUACUGGCCAAGUUGUGUGUAUACUGUAUCUUUGCUGCUUUAGGACAAAGUACGCAAAUAAAAAGCCAAGGUUCUAGAAAGCGGCGCCAUGAUGACGCGGAUGAUUUGGAUACUAUGUCGUCCAGCAAAUUGAGAAGACUUAAUGAUAAUUCAUCAGAUGCCAUGUAUUAUUCUCAGGGGCAAAGUUCAUCUGGAAUUGUGUUAAAAGAACCAAUGCAGACAUGUUUGGAAAUGCUUUUUAAAUCAUUCUCUCAAUUGGCGGGAAAAAAUGGACAAGUUACUCCGCAAACACAGUUUAUUUUCCAAUUUUUAGUUUAUAUAAUUCAGUGUGGACAGGACAGAGCACAGUUGGUUCUCCAGAAAAUGCCCAGUGAAUUGGUUCCUAUAUUGAUUAAAGCGCUUCCGGAAAAUUUUAAUGUUGGAUUAAUUCUGAGAUUGUAUGAUUUAACUACUGCCUAUGGCAGGAAAGAUGCUGCUAGAGAUUUAUGUCUAUUGCGAAAUAUGCGCUUGAGGCCUGAAUGAUAAUAAUAUUUAUGUUGGUUUAAGAAAUAAAUAAAUUAAAUAUA